AUGGCAGAGCGGUCAGUGGGGCUCUCCAUGUUUGCAAGGGCCCCGUUAAUCGACUGGGUGCAGUGGGAACAGCAGUUUGGUGUCUUGAUUGAGACCAAGUCUGCAAGCCAGACCAGGCCGUUUGAGGAACGGCAAUGGGUUCUCCGCCAGGUGAACAAGUUUGGCCGUGAUGAAAAAGAAGCUGGCAACAUGUGGAAGAUGAAAUUGGCGGGGCCCUGGAAAAGGGACUAUGACGGCUACAAAGGCCAAAUCAGACUCUGGUUGCCGGCGGUGGAGUACGAGGAGAAGAGCCAGUCCCAAUUCAUGAAGGGGAUGUCCAAAGAGCAAUCGAAAGGAAAGAAAGCUCCGAAGGAGUUUGAGUUGGAAGCCUUCCGAGCUCACAGCUUGGAGGCUGGGUUCGAUCAUGGCCACAGCUUCUUCGGCGGCGCCCGGGUCAGCACUGACGAGGACGAGCAGGAGAACACGGAGCCCGUCUCCAACUCGGCUCCUUCCACCAACGUGCCCCAGAUAAGCCCUACGAAGCGUAAGGCCGAGGCAGCAACCUUGGAUGCGUCCGAGGAUGAGACUGAGAAUGCAGCUGAGAAGACCAGCAAGAAGCCUCGCAAGGCGGCCAACGUAUCUACGGCUCGGGCCGCUUUCUUCCAGCAAGUGUCAAGGGCUUUCCAGAUGAAGAUUGCAAGUGUGCAGACCAGGAUCACUGAGGCCACCAAAGCCUUGAAGGAUGAGAAGGACGGCUUGCAGCCGACAACCCCAACAGACACAACUACCCGGCAGCUCUACAAGGAUGCGUUGCUCGCCGCGAAGGAAGUUGUGGAUGCUUGGCUUGACAAGGACGUCCUGACCGCCGCGGUGCAGGCUCACAACGAGUCUGAGUUGGUGAAGGACAAGCCUGAGCUCGCUGUGGAUACCACAGCUCCCGAGUCCUUGAGUUCACAGUCCAAGGCAUGGGCGUGGUUGUUGGCCAAAUCUGUGUCUGCUGUGCAGUUGCAGCACAGUGACUUUCUCCGCAGCAAGAGUUUCAUGCAAGAGUUCGUGGAUGCCAUCCCCCAAUGCAGCCUGGACGAGAACGCCUUGGACAAGAAGAGAGUUGUGUGGCGCCGGAUGUUCAGUUGCCUUGAAAGGCUUGAGUCAUCCCUCAAGAAGUGCUCCACGGACUUGGGGAAACAUUGCAAAGCCCUCGCCGCCGCCAGCGAGCGGGAGACCAAACGUCAGAAGGACAGGGAGGCGAAGGAGGCCGCAGCCCAGCAUCUUUCCACUCAGCAGGCCAAGAUCGUCAAAGCCAAGGCAGACGGGACGGACCUCCCGUCCAUUUUCAAGCUUCAGAAGGAGAAAGUUGAGGAGAUCAAGAUCAUCAAAGCGAAUUGCAUGCCCUCCGACAUUGACCUAUCGAAGCCCGCGGUCAUCGAGGAGUCCAGCCAUGUGGCGGCGUGGAACAAUCAUGCUGUUUGCUUGCAGGUGAUGACCAAUUUCGGUUCCAGGUACAAAAAAGUUCCGUUGGCCGAGGAGCAAGGGAAGGUCAACCAACCUUUCCAAGCCAAGGCCGGGAAGGAGGCGACGGAGGUGAUGUUCGCCGAGCUUGUGAAGCCGAUCAACAAAUCGAUCAUAGACUUGAGCGAGGUCGCCCAGUCUUGGAACAACACAUCGUGGAUGUUCGGCCUGUUGCCGAAGCGGGUUUUCCUUGGCUGCAUGCCAAACCAGGCAGCGUGCUUGCGCAUCAUGGUGUAUGGGGAGCUGGAGACCUACAUGUUCGGGAUCAGCAGCUUCCUCGCCGCGCUCAAGACAAUGGGGCUUGCUGUGCCAUCAACAGCGGCCGAGUUGGAGAAGGCUCUCGAGGAGCUUACGACAGAGCAGUGGGACUCCAUGUCUAAGCACGUGAAGCCCAUGUACCAUGUGCUGAAGAAGGAUCAGGUGCUGUAUGUGCCGACAGGGUUCGUGGUGGCAGAGCGGAGCGCAGCCACAACCAUGAAUUACGGGGCCCGGAAGAGCUUUUUCUUUUCCGAAGCAUCCGCCGUCGUUGAUUACACGAUGUGCUGUGAGAUGAAUCAGAAGGAGGGGAAGAACACUGAGAAAUCACAAGAGGUGCUUUCCCGAUUGAAGGCGGCAGUUGCGGACUUGAAGAAGUCCUGA